UCGAUGAGGACAAUCAAAUGUCAGUCUCAGAUGCCGUUGAGGACAAUCAAAUAUCAGUCUCAGAUGCCAUCGAUGAAAAUGUGAUUGAGCAUCGCAUGUCAUGGCUGCAACACGUCCAGCAAUCAGUGAACGAUACUCUGGACAAAUACCACUCGAAAUUAUGUAGACAGGGCAGCGUUCACAGGAAAAAGACAGUGAACAACACGAUUGAAGCUGGAACUCCUGUAAUUGUUGCGCCAGAUCAUGAUAUGAAUCCAAAAACUCGCAAGAGAAAAUUGCAGCUGACGUUCUCUCAAUCCGGUAAAUUUAAGAGACUGACAUCCAAUAAUCGCACUGCCAUUGUAGAAGUAAAUGGUAAAGACAUUCCAACUUCCAUUGAACGUAUCAAGGUGGUGCCUGAGAAAGAACAUUCAUCGUAA